CUGGUUCCACCUCUAUCCGGUAUCCUCUCUCCCUUAAGCUAUAUCCCUUCCGCCUUUUCCUCUCCUGACUGCGCUGGCGCCACUGCUCUCCACAUCGAGCGUAUAAAGUAGUAUAAAUAAUACGUCGUACGACUCAGCCGGGCUGCCCGUUGUCCCCGAAACCGCAUCACUUCGCGACUUGAAGCUAGAACUGGAAGUGGGAUUGAUAUAUUAGGACUGACUGCGACUGGCGGUCGUGUGGUUCUCCAUUCUUCGAAGUCCUUCUUUCACGACGUCCACCGAGUAACUCUUCCCGAACGCGAACUUGGAAUUUAAACGCCAGAGUAACCGACCCAUCAUCCCGCUGCAAUACCCAACACGCAUCACACAUCUAACCAAUACCCGCCAUCGUUCACUCAAAAAACCAUCACAUACGACCGACAGAAAAUCAUGCCCCGUCUCCGCGUCCUCGCCGGUCCCAGCCCGGACUCCAUGGUUCCCAUCUCUCACACCGUCAACUCCGGAACGGCACAUCCCAUCUCGUCAGACCUGUUCGAAGGACACGUCGUGGCGCAUAUACAGGGCUUCACGGACGAGCAAGGAAAUGUGAGGGAGAGCGAGUAUUUUGGGAGAGAGGAGAGGAAGGGCGUUACGUGGAGUAUUCAGGUGCAGGGCAGGUUCUUGCAGACUUAUUCGGCGGACGAUAUUUUGUUCGGGAAUACGUUCGAUAGGCCUCUCAGACUUCCAUGGGGUUCUGGCGCCGCUUUGAAGUUCAUGAAAUACGUCGACCCCACACUAGACCACGACCUCUCCUCAUCCACAAAGCCCUGGGCUCUCUCCCCUCUCAUCUCCACCAUGCCCUACUUCGCACACCAUCGCGUCGACUCCUCCACUUCUUCCACACCUCGCUUCCCACCUGCACAUUCAAUCAAAGACGACACCUCACAACUCCACCUCGCACUCAACCCAUCCGCUCUCAGCUCUUCGUCGUCGUCUUCUUCUUCCUCGAGUUCAGGCUCAUCCGCAGAUGGUUCGAUAUCGGGUUCGCCGCCCGACUCCCGACUCGAAGUUCCUCAUCCCCCGCGAUGCGGUCGUAACGGGAGCAGCUCUUCGCUUUCGAGCGUUGGUUCUUCUGCGUCCUCUGUCGGCCGUGGUUCCAUCCUGUCUUCGCUCAGUGGAAGUGGAACUACGAACAACAAAGCGAGUGAGAAGAAAGGAGCGGAGAAGAAGGAACGGAAGGUCGCGAAGAAGAGGGAGGAGAAUGAGAAGAGGUUGAGGGGGCUGGAGGGCGCGGAGCAGAGAAGGGGGUAUUUUAGGGAGAGGGAGAGGAGGAGGGAGGUUUUGUUUGGGCCGGAGGACGUAAUCACGACAGACUUCUGCUACGGAUUCCUGCAGUUCAGCCCGGCAUUGUCACUACGCCUGCCCGGGGGCGUGUCGUUCGAUCUGAUGCACUAUUGGGACGGGCAGCCGGUUAGGUUCGUUUGUUGUAGGCGGAAGGGAGCCACCGCGUAUUCGGGUUCUGGUUCUGAGGACGGUGGAGCCGAUGAGGCAGAUGACGGAGACGACCCGUGGGGAAGGGUGUUUUGGUGUGUGGCGAUUGAGCUGGCUGACGACGAGGAGGGUGAUGGGGAUGGGAACGGGCAGGUGGUUGUGAGGGGAGGAGUGGACGAGGGGAAGGAGAUGAGUGUGGGAGUUGCGGAUGAGGAUGUUGAUUGAGUGAGUGGUGAGGCUUGAGACUCGAGAUCCAUGUUGUUCUGCAGCAUACAGACAUACAGACAUACAUACAUACCCCUUCUGUUUCUUUUCUUCGCCAUGUUCCGUUUUGUUGAUGUGUACCUCUGGCUCGCCUGUGCGGGCUUGGGUUUCGAUUCGGAUUUCUAUAGCAUAGCGUAUUACCGUCCUCGUCUCAUCAAUCAUCCUCUCACAGUUGUCCGCGAUACACAUGUUAUACACAUACGUGUACUGUACCAUUUCACGCGUAUUCUUCGUUUGUUGGACUUGCAAUUGUUCGAAUCCAUAGUCGGCAUGUCGGAGUCCCGUUUCAUUGUGGUCCAGGCCACGUACUUACCUGUAUUUGUAGGUCCAGGAUAUUCCGAUAUGGUAGUUACUCACUACAUGUAUACACGCACUGGUAGUUUCAGUCGUGUUCGACGAUAGAGCGUCGUAUACAUACGC